UUCACAGGCUGUUGGGAACAGUGGGAUCUGAGACUGCACGCUCCAUUUUAGGGUCUCGUAUAGUCUUCCUGUGAGGCGCGAGUUUGUGAUGUGCUGGGAAAGAGAAGGGGUUUACAGGUGGUCGUAUCUUUCUUUCCUGUGGGAGGUGUGGCUCUCAGGGCACAGUCAGAGUCGUUCCCAUGGAUUCAGUGGGAGCAGAGACAUCUUCCAUGUCAGUGAAUAGGUAGAAAAGGGACUCCAUUUGGACUAAGCCUACAAACUGCCUACUUACAAAUCCCAAAAGUGAUAUGACUAGGCACAUACCAAGGGGGAAAAACAUGGCAAAUUACUGCCUUAGCUGAAAAUUAGUUGGCUGUCUAAGUAAAGUUUAGAGCAUCUCCAAAUUAUUGCAGAAGUGGCCUGACCUGGAGGACCCUUCCUUCUUGUGGCAAGAAAUAAGUCUUUCAGAUGAGCCAGGCUGUCUGUAGAUGUCCAGAAGGAUCAUACAGGAUCACUUUAUUUUGCUUAUAUGAUUGCCAUAUGCAAUGGACACUGAUCUCAGUUCCCAGGACAGGAAGGACCUGGACAAGUUCAUCAAAUUUUUUGCUUUAAAGACAGUACAAGUAAUUGUCCAGGCCCGACUUGGAGAGAAAAUCUGUACCCGCUCAUCAUCCUCCCCAACAGGUUCUGACUGGUUCAAUUUGGCAAUCAAAGACAUACCAGAGGUUACUCAUGAAGCAAAGAAAGCCCUGGCAGGACAGCUGCCUGCUGUUGGACGGUCUAUGUGCGUGGAGAUUUCUCUCAAAACCUCAGAGGGGGACUCCAUGGAGCUGGAAAUUUGGUGUCUGGAAAUGAAUGAAAAGUGUGACAAAGAAAUCAAAGUUUCAUACACUGUAUACAACAGGCUGUCUCUAUUGCUGAAGUCUUUGCUUGCUAUAACCAGAGUAACUCCAGCCUACAGACUCUCUAGGAAACAAGGCCAUGAAUAUGUAAUAUUGUACAGGAUAUAUUUUGGUGAAGUCCAGCUGAGUGGCUUGGGAGAAGGUUUCCAGACAGUCCGUGUUGGGACAGUGGGUACCCCAGUGGGCACCAUCACUUUGUCUUGUGCCUACAGAAUCAACCUUGCUUUCAUGUCAACCAGGCAGUUUGAGAGGACCCCUCCUAUCAUGGGGAUUAUAAUUGAUCACUUUGUGGACCGUCCCUAUCCCAGCUCUUCACCCAUGCAUCCCUGCAAUUACAGAGCUGGUGAGGACAAUGGUGCAGUAUACCCCUCAGUAGAAGAUUCCCAAGAAGUGUGUACCACAUCUUUUUCCACCUCUCCUCCAUCUCAGUGUGUUUUUACUGUCACAAAGGCACAUUUUCAGACCCCUCCUCCUGUGGUGACGGACACCUUGAAGGUCCCAGUGAUGGGGCUGGCCUUUUCACAUCAACUUUCCAGCUCACGUCUUUCCUAUCAGCCUGCUGCCCUGGGAGUUGGAUCAGCUGACAUGGGGUAUCCUGUACUCUUUGCUGGUGGUUUGAAUGCUGCACACCCUCACCAGCUGAUUGGUCCAGGCAAAGAAGGGGGAGUUCCCCCAGUUCCUAGCCAGCCAGCACAUGGCACUCAAGCUGACCAAGAGAGGAUGUGCACCCCACUGGAGGGAGUCCAUUACUCAGCAGCUACUCCUUCUAGCAGUGAGGAUACAGAAACAGUAUCCAACAGCAGUGAAGGAAAGUGUGGCUCCCCACAUGACCUUUUGGAGACCAUCUUUAUCCGGAAGGUGGGAGCUUUUGUCAACAAACCCAUUAACCAGGUGACCAUGGCCAACUUAGACAUUCCUUUUGCCAUGUUUGCUCCCAAGAAUGUUGAGCUGGAAGAUAACGACCCCAUGGUCAAUCCUCCUGAAUCCCCAGAAACAGAAUCUCCUCUACACGGCAGCUUACACUCAGAGGGCUCCAGUGGCAGCAGCACAGGGAACACCCACGAUGACUUCGUUAUGGUCGACUUUAAACCAGCAUUUUCAAAAGAUGACAUUCUUCCAAUGGACCUGGGGACAUUUUACCGUGAAUUUCAGAACCCCCCUCAACUCAGCAGCCUCUCCAUUGACAUUGGAGCACAGUCCAUGGCAGAGGAUUUGGACUCGUUACCAGAGAAGCUGGCAGUCCAUGAGAAAAAUGUCAAAGAAUUUGAUGCUUUUGUGGAAACCUUGCAGUGAAGAUGUUUCCCAGUUCUGCUGCAGCAAUUCUUCCUCCCCAAGGCAUCCUGGAGAUGACAUCGACAGAUAUCUCUAUUGCCCCUGCUCUGCCUUUUGUUCACAUUGACUAGUUCCCUCCAUCAAGUGAGCUUUCUUUUCUCUCUUCAAUGACAGAUACAGCUCAGCUGCUGAUUCUCCUCAACUUUUCCACCACAUAGUUCUGGACUGCUUUUCCUGCUCACAGUCAGUUUUAAGACUUCAGUAGGGACACAGGAAGUCAAACCUCAGUGUAUGGAAACUUACUUUCUCUUCAGUCUGUGUUCUGUAUGGAGGGGCGUUGUGGAAAGUUGCCAUAUGCUUCCUCCAAGGGUCCUAUGGUGUAAGUUUCCUAGGUAGAGCUUCUUGCUAACAGACUUUUUCCUGCAGUCUCUGAUCCUGUUAGAGCAUAGAAAGCUUUGGCUUAUUUCCAGGGUCUGUGAGUUCAGCAAAUUCAACUGUUUGAAGUCCAUUCCACAGAACUGGGCAUUUCAUCCUGACUUCAGAGUGCGUGCUUGGAGCACAGGGAGAGACGUCAGCUUUGGGACCUGCAUAAUCCAAGUUACCUUUGUUUUCCUGCUUCUAAGGAAUUGGGUCUCUACACUGUGCAAGACCCUCUGUUAGGUGGCUGAUAAGCAGGAGUGAAACUGCAGGAAUGCUUUCCACAUUUCCUUCCCGAGUGCACUGACACUCGGCCAUGCUGAGUUUAACAGUGUUGACUGUUGGCAAGCCUGCACAUAGCAGCUGUGAUGAUGCUGAAUUCAUAGUCUCUGCUUUUGAAACAUAACUGUAAAUACUAGGAAUCCUAUUUCUUUAGGGUUAUGUAACUAGGAGUCUUAGUCCAAGAUUUUUUCCUCUAAUCCUUGCAAACCUUCCUGCUUUAUGGUUAAUAGAUGAUCUUAAGAAUUAAAAAAUAUUUAUUGCUUUUAAAGAAACCUAUAUUUAAAAGAUGUUCUGUUUUCAUGUUAUAGUGCGGGUCAUUCUGUCCUGAUCACUGCAGAGAGCAAGUGUGCCAUGGAACCCUAGCCAGUGAGGCUAGUCUCUCUUUGCAAGAAAAUAUCAAAGAUAUUUAUUUUCUAAGACAAACUUAAUUAAUAUUAUACUCUGUUUGGGGGACUGUGUGUCCAUUACAUCCAGCCAGGGCUCACUGAUAAAAUGAAAUGCACACGUCAGUGGAAUGGAGUGGCAGGGACUUGGCAAAAAGCUGUUUUCUGAUAGGCAUGGAUGAAUUUGUAGUGUUCUUUGGCCAUUCAGAAAGCAGCUUCUUUAAAGAAGCACACUUUUUUGGGAAGCUUAUGGUACUUUUUAAUCAGCUGGCUUUUGAGUAGCUGAAAUUUUAUUUUUGUAAUACUCCAGCCACUGACAGUGUGACUGGCUGGAAUUGCUCUGUGGGUGAUUUGACUGUUGCAUGUCUUCUGCCUCAUGUAAGGAUGGGAGGAGAAACAGUGACACUAAACAGAAACUUGGAUAAGGUGGGGUUUCUUGUGGUUCUCUCUCUUCCUGCCCCAUGUAACUAGAGUGUGUAACUGCAAGACCCCUUACUGUCCAAAACCACUUCUUUUCCCCCUAGUUUCUUUUAAGUGGAGUUGUGUUGCUUGAGGACUGAGAAACCAUCUUCAUUUCCUCAGAGUGGCUGAGUAACCAGCCUUCUAGUUGGUGCAAUGUGGCAGCUUCAGCUUAGCUGCAUUCUUCAUUGGAAGAGAUUGCCUGCAGCUGAUGAGGGAACCCCAGCUCCACUCUGGGACACUAUUUCUGUGUCACUGCUGGAGCAAGGACCCAAAUUCACAGCAGCUUACUUUAAGGCCAGAGCAAAGCGAUGCUUUGAAGUUUACGAGAAUUUUUGUUGAGAGAUGUGUUUGGUGGGAAGCCUUGUAAGUUCUAAAACUCCAGGUAAGAGCUUCAUUGAAGGAAAAUUACCCACCAGAACCUUUUUAUUUUACUCAACUGAUUCAACUUCUUAGCAACCUCACAUGGAAAUUGCUUUGUCCAUGCAAAGAUGCAGAAACAUUUAAGAAAGGUUCCCAGAUGAAACAGUUUGUAACAGGACUUCAGUUACACAGGCUGUAACAAAUACUUGUUACCCAUCCAAAAGCCACCUUGUUUCACAAGUGGGAAGGGUCACAGAAGGGUGCAGAACAAGGAAAUAAUGGAUCAACUGCCUCUCACCUGUGCUCAGGAAGUUGGUCUGCCACUUUGUAGGAAGUAGUUUGUAGACAGGUGGUUCUGAACUUUAGUCUCUGAAGUGAUACAAUCUGGGCUGCAGAGCAGCAGACAGGAGGCAAAGGGCUGGUUCACACCAUAUGAAUAGAGAAUAGUUGAGGUUAAAGUUCAUCUAGCCAGCACUCCUGCUGUGCUCUUCUGCUGACAAGCUGUGGAGCUGGCAGGGAGCACUGCCAUUCCUGUUAACCCCACCCAGGAGGUCAGGGCUUGUACUUGUGCUCCUUUAUUGUGGGAGUUCCUAACAUGGCUACAGCUCUCACAUCUCAUAAGGCAAAAUGGCACUGUGGCACAUUUCCUCCUCUUCAAAAGGCUGGAAAAUUGCCUAUAUAAGCUGCUAGUGUUGAGCUGGAUGGCCACAGCAAUAAGAGAGCCUCCAGGGCUGAGUUACCUGCCUCUUCUCUGGACAGUCUUCAGUUUUAACACAUGGUUGCUACAUCUAGGCCCUGAGUUCCCUGACCACUGCACAAAUGCUCUGCUGCUGUGGCCUGCCACAGAUUGUAUUAUGAAGGCUGUUUAUUUCAGCAGCUCUCUGCUCUGCUGAAUAUUAAGGACAGUAUCUAUGUAGCUGCUGAUUUACAGAUACUUUGGGUGGAGGGGAAGGUUCCUCAAGUGUAUUAUUUUGGAAAGUCUCCAGUGUACUUCAAGUAUUCAAAGAAUUUCCAAUAAAACUUUUGUGUAAGCAG